UGACAUAUCCCCAAUAUGCUUCGGCUAUGUCUACCAUCUGAAGAGAAUUUUCCAUCCAAAGAUCACAGAAUCGUAACAAUGUCUCAAAUUCAUCUCUCCCGCCACAUCUCACUCGCUGCACUGCCGUCCUUGCCUUCCCGCCAGGCCCCUGCAUGAGCCAAAAACAGCACCAACACCACCCAAACCAAGUUUAUCCCUGAGACAUCCACACCCUUCUUGUUUCCCAGCCUCGACCCGUUGACCCCACGACCCUGCAUAUACGUCACCAUCCCAUCGACUACCUUGUGCCAUGCUACCCGUCGCGAAGGGCGUUGCGCCAAUGGAAGGCGACGAUGUCGGUCGGUCGUGGAGCAGGAUUGUGGCCUGCAGUCACGACGGCGUCGAUCUUGUAUAGAUAGAUUUUGUCUGUCUACUCCCUUACUUACUUUAUGUUUGCUGUUAUUGUCGUCGCUUGUGUUGGCAGAUACUGUGGCUUUCAUGGAUUUGUUAUAAGCGUGUAACGCCUACUUUAUAUUAUCACUGUCAUCCGCGCGUUCGCUGUUUCGCAACAGCUCGAAAAUAUUUGUCCUGGAACGGACGUCACCAAUUGAAAGGCCACAGCUUUCCAGGACGUCAUAGAAGCAUACAGCCUCAAUGAGCGCCCAUGGGCAGUCAACUUCGUCGUCCCAGAAGAAUCACUCAACCCCAGCUUCCCGUCGCGCUCUCUCCUCCUUCCUAUUACUCCUCGCCGCUGCCACAGGCCUCGAAGCUGGAGGGCAUAAUGCCACCGCAGAUGCUGGUAUUCCCAUCAAAAUUACCAAUUCCUGUCCCGCCACUAUCUGGCCUGCUCUCGCCACACAAGAAGGCCGUGGCCCUACAACCCACGGCUUUGAGCUCGCGCCUAAGUCGUCAAGAGAGCUCUCUGUCUCCCAAGACUGGCAGGGACGCGUGUGGGCGCGGACGAAUUGCAGCUUCAAUGCCGAUGGGACAGCCGCCAGCGAUGGCGGCAGGCAAGCGUGUGACACGGGCGACUGCGACGGCGUGUUAGACUGCCUUGUUACCGGCAACCCCCCCGCAACCCUCUUUGAAAUCGCCCUCCAAUCCGGCGCCAACAAAACCAACUCCUUCUACGAUAUCUCCCUCGUAGACGGCUACAACCUCCCCCUCUCCCUCACCCACCUCCCCGACCCCCGCCUCCCAAUCCCGCCAAACCUCACAAACCCCUCCUGCAUCGCCACACCGCCUUUUUCCUCCGCCCUUUCUGAGAACGCAAACGCAACAUACCCCACGCCGCGCACCCAGACCCAGGAUCUCACCCGCUGGUGUCCAUUCCCCCUCCUCCUCCAACCCCCGGCCAAGCCGGGCGGUGGCGCCUUCCCCUUACCAGACGACCACAUCCCCCGCCCCCCCUUCUCCCCCUGCCUCUCCCCCUGCGCCGCCACCGGGUCAGACAGCGACUGCUGCACCGGCUCGCACUCCACAGCGUCCACCUGUUCGCCUGGUCUCUACUCCCACAACGCCAAGCGAGUCUGUCCAGAUGCGUAUAGCUUCGCCUACGAUGACGGGAAAUCGACGUUUAGUAUUCCGAGCGGUGGGGGGUGGGAAGUCACAUUUUGUCCGGAGGGGCCGAGCUCAGAUAUCUUGGGGACGUUUGGGGAGGAGCUGGGGGUGGUGGCCGGGGGGGUGGUUACGGAGGAGGUGUGGAGGGUUGCGAGGGAGGGGAAGAAAGGGGGUGUGGAGGGGAUUGCGGCGGCGGGGGGGAAGGGGGGGAGGGAGGGGAGUUUGGGGGCGUUGGUUGUAGUGGUUUGUGUUUGGGUGUUGUUUUGGUGAGGGGGUGGUUGUGGGUUCGAGUUGGCUUCGUCCUGGGUGCUGGGGCGAGCAAACCGUUGUGGUGAGUGUGGUAAUCGAUGAGUGAUUGGGUCGGGCUGGAUUGUAUUUUUUGGCGCUCUAUUGGGAAAAGGGGGGGAAGGCGCCGUAUAUACCCAUUUUUUUAGAAUCUGCCCAUCGAGGCCCGUUAAUACAAAAUCUAUGAACUAUUUAAGCACUGG